UGGGAGCUGCGGGACUUCUCACAGCAGCCGCUGAAGACCUUUUCUGAGGUGUUUGAUGCUGGCGGCUUCCCAUGGCAGCUGCUCUGCUUCCCCAAGGGCAACAAGCCCGGACAGCUGUCGCUAUUCCUGGCCGUCCCAGAGAACGAGGACCAGCCCAUGGGCUGGCAGCGGUCCGCCAGCUUCAAGCUCACCGUGCUCAGCGCGCAUGGGCGCGAGCACGACGUGAGCAAGGACGCCACCCACACCUUCCUGGGCACCGAAAACGACUGGGGCUUCAACACCUUCAUGCUGCUGAAUGACCUGGUCGACCCCUCUCGAGGACUGCUUGUGGACGACACGCUCCGCAUCAAGGCAAGUUGUUUGGGAUCUUUGGGGUCGGAAAAAUGUAGCAAGCUCAUCCCAGUGGAGGUGGAGGUCCGCGUCCCAGAGGACUUCUCCUACGACUCCCGGAAGGAGACCGGCUACGUCGGGCUCAAGAACCAGGGCGCCACCUGCUACAUGAACUCCCUGCUGCAGACGCUGUACAACAUCAACCAGUUCCGCAAGGCCGUGUACCAUAUGCCCACCUCGGAAGACGACGACCCGGCCAAGAGCAUGCCGCUGGCCCUCCAGAGCGUAUUCUACAAGCUGCAAUUCACGGACGGCCCAGUGUCAACCAAGGACCUGACGCGCUCGUUCGGCUGGGACACCAGCGACGCCUUCCAGCAACACGACGUGCAGGAGCUGAACCGCAUCCUCUGUGACCGCCUGGAGGAAAAGAUGAAGAGCACGCGGGUGGAGGGCACCAUCAGCAAGCUGUUCGAGGGGCACACCCUGAACUACAUCGACUGCAUCAACGUGGACUACAAGUCCUCCCGCCGCGAAUCCUUCAUGGACCUCCAGCUGGACGUCAAGGGGUGCAAGACCAUCCUGGACUCCUUUGACCGGUACUGCGAGGUUGAGACGCUGGAGGGCGACAACCAGUACCUGGCGGAGGGGCACGGCUUGCAGGACGCGCGCAAGGGCGUGCUCUUCGACGGCUUCCCCCCCGUGCUCCAGCUCCAGCUCAAGCGCUUCGAGUACGACUUCAUGAAGGACAGCAUGGUGAAGAUCAAUGACCGCUACGAGUUUGGCGAGGAGCUGGACCUGGACGUGGGCGACCGCAAGUACCUGGCCGCCUCGGCCGCCCGCGGCGUGCGCAACAAGUACAAGCUGCUGGCGGUGCUGGUGCACUCCGGCGGCGUGCACGGCGGGCACUACUACGCAUACAUCCGCCCCGACGGCGCGCGCUGGCUCAAGUUCGACGACGAGCGCGUGGAGGCCGCGGAGGCGGACCGCGCGGCGGAGCAGGAUGAGAAGGAGCGGCGGCGCAAGGAGAAGGCGGAGGCCCACCUGUACACCCUGGUCCGCGUCUCCACCGACGCCGACAUGGCGUCCCAGAUUGGGCGCGAGCGCUGGUUCGACCUGGUAGACCACGAGGGCAACGGGACCUACCGCCCCUCGCUGCCGCUGGAGCCAGAGUCGGACGAGGUGCCCAUCAGCAGCCUGCGUGACGGCCGCCGCGACCUGCGCCCCGGCACGAUGAGCACGCUGAACCUGUACCUGGAGACGGCGCCCGACGGGGGCGGUGCCGCCACCCCGCGGCCGCGCGGCGCGAACGACAUCCUACUCUUCUUCAAGCAGUUCCUGCCCGACCCCGAGGAGCCUGCGCUGCGCUACGCAGGCUCGCUCCAGGUGCACCGCCACAGCCGGAUCGGGGAGCUGGCGCCCGCGCUGCGCGCGCUGGGCGGCCUCGCCCCCGAUGCCGCGCUGGAGGUGUACGAGGAGGUCAAGUUCGAGCCCAGCGUCAUGGUGGAGGCGCUGCGCCCGGCGCUGACCGCCGCCGCCGCGCAGCUGGAGAACGGGGACGUGCUGGUGUUCCAGGCCGCGGCGGCGAGCCUCCAGGCCCCGCCCGACUGCCCGCGGGAGCACCUCUCCGCGCCGGCCUACAUGUCGCACGUGCGCAACCGCGUGCGCGUCGCCUUCCGGCCGCUGGAGUCCCCCGGGGAGGAGGGCCUGCUCCUGGACCUGCGCAAGGACAUGGGGUACGAGGAGGUUUCUGGCGCGCUGGCGGCGCGGCUGGGCCUGGACCACCCGCUGCGCCUGGCGCUGACGGGGCAGAACCCGUACAGCGCGCUGCCGCGCCCCGCGCCGCUCAAGUACGCGCCUGGGGCCACGCUGGAGGAGAUGCUGCGGGCGGGGCAGUACGGCGCGGCGGCGGGCAGCACGCUCUACUACGAGGUCAUCGACCUGCCCCUGCCCGAGUACGAGAAGCUGGUGACCUUCAAGGUGUCGUUCCACAACGCCAAGGCGGAGGAGGUCAGCGCGCACAGUGUGCGGCUGCCACGCGACGCGCGCGUGAGCCAGCUGCUGGAGGAGCUGCGUGCGCAGCUCCCGGCCGGAGCCGGCGUGGGCGACGCGCCGCUGCGCCUGAUGGAGGUCUACCAGUGGCGCGUCUGGCAGCUCUUCGACCCGGACCAGGCGGUGGGGUCCAUGUCCGGCGACGCGCUGUGGCACCUGCGUGCUGAGGUGGUGCCCCCCGACCAGCGGGGGGCGGGGGGCGAGGAGGGCCUGCACGUGCACUGCCUGCAGGUGACGGAGGAGGCCCACAACCGCGCUUUUGCCUUCAGCGACCCCUUCAUCAUGCGUGUGCGGGAGGGCGAGACCGUGGGCGAGCUGCGGCGCCGCGUGCAGGUCGCGCUGGGGGUCGGCGAUGAGGAGUUUGCGGGCUGGCGCGCGCUGCUGUGCCCGCCGCUGUCGGCCCCGGAGCCGCUGGAGGACGAGGAGGUGGUGACCGCGCGCCUGGCGCGCGCAGACCUGGAGCGCCUGUACGGCCACCACGACCGCGCCUGCAUCGGGUGGGAGCACGAGAACCGGAACCCGCGCAAGACGCACGCACACCUCAACCGCAACGCGGCCUGGUACGGGCAGGAGCGCCAGCUCAAGAUCAAGGCCUGA